UUUUUAUUAGCCAAUCGCUGCCCUCGAUGCGUCGAUGGGUGGGGCCUGACUGGAGAGAAACCACACCGUGUCCGCGCAAGAAAAGAUAGUAGCCGGGUGAGUGAAAGCAUCUUCUGACCAAUCCUGUGCACGGAACCGUCUUCAGCUUAGCCAAUCACCGUCAGAAAAUUGGCCUCGUGCCCUAGCGCUAAAUAUCAGCCAAUCGUCGCCUACGAUAUCGUAGUGGGCGGGGCCUUGGUCAGUGUGAAACCGUUGUUGGUGAUGUAGGUAGGUGGGGGAAGGGGGGGUGUAAAUUAUUUUUUGACCAAUCCUGUUCGCGGGACGCCUUCCCCGUUAGCCAAUCGGCGCCCAUGGAGAGGUCUCGAGCCUUCGCUUUGCUCCAACAGCCAAUUGUAGAUGUCGAUGGGCGGGGCCUGAACGAAGGAAAACCGUUAGGCGGCAUUCGUGAGGAGAAGCUGUCGAAGGAUGUCACAGGCUGAGAAGCUCCCUCCUCACGAUCCGAGCGGCCUGGUCCUCCGCACUGUGGAGAUGCAUGCCGGUGGGGAGCCGCUCCGCGUGGUGCCUCCUUGGGGCGGCCUUGCCCCGCUGGCAACCCCGGGCCUGUCUCUACUGGAGCGGCGGCGCCUCCUGCUCACCUCCCCGGAGUUGGACGCGGCGCGGCGGCUGCUGAUGCACGAGCCCCGGGGCCACCGCGACAUGUACGGGGCGCUGCUGGUGCCGAGCGAGCUGCCCGAGGCCGACGUGGGCGCGAUCUUCGUCCACAACCAGGGCGCCAGCGCCAUGUGCGGCCACGCCGUCCUGUGCCUGGCCCGCUUCGUCCUGGACUACGGCCUCCGCCGCGGGGCUCCUUCCCCCGCCGCCCCCUCAGGAGAGGCCUCGGUCACCAUCCACUGCCCCUGCGGGCCUGUCGCCGCCUUCGCCUCCUGGGACGGGCGCCGCAGCGGGACCCGCGCCCGCUUCCACAGCGUCCCCGCCUUCGCCGCCGCCACCGAUGUUUCCAUUGAUGUUCCAGGAUAUGGAAAAGUAGUUGUUGAUGUUGGAUAUGGUGGUGCUUUCUAUGCAUUUCUCAGUGCUGACCAGUUGGGACUUGAUGUUUCUUCUUCAAAGAUUCAGGAUCUGGUUGAUGCAGCAUCUGCAGUAACUGAAGCAGUAAAGGCUCAGGUUGACCGCAGUCCUACUGGGUCAGGUGUGACCGCUCGCAUUGCCUUACAAUACCAUAAAGGACUAAUUCAACUGAACCAGACAAGGACCUUCAGAAGCAGUUCAACUGGCUCUUUGUUUACUGGAAAAGCAAUAAAGGAAUCUAAAUGUGGAGACCACAAUGCUGUUAUAGUAGAAGUGGCUGGAGAAUCAUUUUACACAGGAACAUCGACCUUCACUUUUGAAGAGGAGGACCCUUUGAAAUAUGGUUUCUUUCUGAAGUUCACAAGACCUUGUGUCCAAGGGUGCAGACAGACCAUACAGUUUGUUUCGAAGAUGGUAUGACACUCCAGCUGCUAAUUGAGAUUUGUAUGCACAGAGUCAUAUACAAUCUUCUUGUUUCAUUUAGUUUCGUAAAGACUUACCAAGAAGCACAAAGAUAAAGAAGGUGGACUUUGACAUUCCAACACUAAAAAAAAAAUGGCAUGCAGCCUUUUAAAAUGGCACAAACAGUUGCUAAUCCAAUUGCUAACCUCAGAACAGACCCAAUGGCUCAAUCCUUGAAUGGGAAACCCACACCUGUAAAUCCCAUUGCUUUAAUGGGCCUAUUCUACUUGAGCCUAUAAUCAGAUUUAGGCAUAUCAUCCCAUUAGGAUUCUUCCACUUUGAAAUUAUGGAUGUAACUUAGUAAGAAGCCACAUUCUUCUUUCUUUAGAACAUGGGGAAAUCCUCUUCUGAAAGAUUUAGAGAAGGUAACUUAAGUGUAGUUUGGAGCUAAAGAUUUAAGCCGGUGGCACUUAACCCCAGCUAGGUAGCACACAAUCCAGUCCUGUACAUUUAUUUUUUUCAAUGAAAGCAAUUUCAUUUAUGCAGGGAUCUCCAAGCAUCCUUCCCAGUUCAUUUGUCAUUCUAAGAAGGAAUCUAUUAUCCUCCACUAAAUAACUACGGUAACUGAAGAAAAAGAUAUUGCAUACAUCUCUACCUUUUGUGCUUGUCACUAAAUAAAAGCUGUUGGAGGGAUGCAAGAAUUCCUUUUGCAUGUAAUUUAACACAGGUCUGAAGAGAAGGAAAACUGAAUUACUUGCCCUUUCCCUGCCACCUGAGUUUUGUUUUGAAUGGUUUUGAAGGGCUGCACACAAGUGCUAGCUAUCGGCAGGCAAGCCCAUGGCCAAGGGGGCUGUUUAGGGGUUCAAACCACCCCCAACAAUUUUCAGGUUAAAAAAACCUGAUUUACUCAUGAAUUUUAACUGGUUAACCAAAUCCACAUGCCAGGUCCAGUCCCUCCGGAACUGCAAGCAGUAUCUCAACUAAAUUUUGAUUAUUCAUACUAUCUGUACCUACCUUUCUAUCAAUUUACAUUAGAGGGGAGCUGUAUCAUUGUUAGACCUUGUUUCUGAUGACCAAGUGAAAGCCCAAUUAGUGCAAAAUCUAUAGACACUAUUGUGAGGAUAUGUAUUUCCUGUGGAAAGAAGAGGCAUCUAAGGCCCCUUCCACACAGCUGAAUAAAAUCCCACUUUUUCUGCUUUGAACUGGAAUAUAUAUACUCGGAUAACCCAGAUCAAAGCGGAUACUGUGGGAUUUUCUGCCUUGAAUAUUCUGGGUUAUAUGGCUGUGUGGAAGGGCCCUAAGAUUUCAACCCAAAUGGUUUAGCAGAUUUCCCUGGUUAGCCUACUCGUUACAUGUACAAGGUGCACUCUUAAGUACGGUGUGGUGUUUGGAGAAGUUGAGGGUAAAGGUAGUCAUCAGAAGCUUGAUGCAUUGGUUGCUAAAUCAUUUGUGCGAUGGAAAGAUGUAAUAGGUUGCCAACAGAGUACCAUCAGAACAACUUGUGUUGGGCUGAAAACUUCUUGCUAAUUCACAGUGGAACACAUCUUGAUGUAACCCAUCAUCAUGAUAAAGGAAAUAAAGCAGAAGAAAACAAAGAAACUUCUGCCAGUUGUGGAAACUAUUGUCCUUUGUUGCCGACAAGAACUGACUUAAAGAGGGAACCUAUACACAGAUACAGAAUGGGGGAUGACUGGCUUGAUAGCAAUAUACCCUGUUUCCCCAAAAAUAAGACAGUGUCUUAUAUUAAUUUUUGCUCCCAAAGAUGCACUAGGUCUUAUUUUCAGGGAAUGUCUUAUUUUUCCACAAAGAAGAAUUCACAUUUAUGGUUGAAUUGUUUAAAAAUGAAAAUGUAUUAUCUACUAUACAGUAGUUGUCAUCACAAACCAGUGUAACCAAACUGUGAAUCCUUUCAAGAAUUUCUGUAUUAUAUUUUAUUGCUAUACUGUUUUUAAAUUACUGUUUUAACUUUCUGUUUGUAUGUAAAUUUAUGUUGUUGCUGGGCUUGUCCCUGUGUAAGCUGCUCUGAGUCCCUUCUGGGAGAUGGAGGUGGGAUACAAGAAAAGUUAUUAUUAUAUUAUUACUAUUUCUUGUUACUACUUUUAUUUCCAUGUACAACAAUCUGUGGUAUGUACAUUUACCGAUCCUGCAUGCUUCCAAACAAAAACUUUACUAGGUCUUACUUUCGGGGGAGGCCUUAUAUUUAGCAAUUCAGCAAAACCUCUACUAGGUCUUAUUUUCUGGGGAUGUCUUAUUUUUGGGGAAACGGGGUAUGUGAAAAAAAUAUUAGUGUCCUUGUGGAAACAAAUUAAACAUGAGCCAACAAUGUCAUGUGGCACCUAAAAAAGCCAAUGGGAUUUUGUUCUGUAUGAAUAGGAGUCUAGUGCCUAGAUCCAGGGAAGUGAUGCUACCCCUCUACUGUAUCUUCCAACUCUAUGAUUCUAUGAUAACAAAUAAUAACAAUUUAAUACAGUAGAGUCUCACUUAUCCAAGCUAAACGG